AUGACGCACACUUCACCCCGCUUUUAUCAGCUGCACAGAGAAACAUCGAUGCCCUUUGCACAUGCAUGCUGCUGCCGUCGAGAAGCUGAUGACCCCAUCAGUCAGCACAGCGACAUGUUCGAUCUAGCUAGUACUGUGAUGCGCCACAUGACGUGCCUUCCUUCCGCUAUAAUGGCGUCCUCCAAGCAAAUGCUGCUCCUGGCCGUGGUCGCCGCCGUGGCGUGCCUCGCGCCGCUGGCCUCCGCCACGGUGUUUAUGGUCGGGGACAACCUCGGCUGGAGGGCCAAGUUCAACAACACCCACUGGGCUGACGGCAAGACGUUCAGGGUCGGUGACAGCCUGCUGUUCAUGUACCCCAAGGAGAAGCACACGGUGGUCCAGGUCGGCGAGGACGACUUCGCGGCGUGCAACCUGCAGGGCAACUGGCUCGGCGUCUGGGACUCCGGCGACGACGUCGUGACGCUGGACAAGCCCGGCAAGGUGUGGUUCAUCUGCAGCAAGCCCAACCACUGCCUCAACGGCAUGAAGCUCGCCAUCGACGUGGUCGACGACGACUCGGCCCCAACCCCGUUGCCGUUCCCGUUCCCGGAAGUCCCGGGCCUCCCGGCGGCCCCACAGCAGUCAUCCGUGUGCCCGUUCCCGUUCCCGUUCUGCGGACCGGCCCCGGCCCCGGCUCCAGAGUCGACGUCGUCCCCGCGCAAGUCCCCGUUCCCGAUCCCGGCCCCGGCCACAUCUCCGUUGUUCCGUUUCCUGUUCCCGUCCUGGUCGGGAUCGGCCGCGGCCUCGGCCCCAGCAUCGCCGGAGGCGGCACCGCCGUCUGCGGCCAUGAGGAACACGGUCGGCGGGGCGGUGGCCGCCGUGGUCGCGGCCGCGCUCGCGUUCUAG